AUGUCCGGCAGAGGUAAGGGGGGCAAGGGCCUCGGCAAGGGCGGCGCGAAGCGCCACCGCAAGAUCCUCCGCGACAACAUCCAGGGCAUCACCAAGCCCGCCAUCCGCCGCCUGGCCCGCCGUGGCGGCGUCAAGCGCAUCUCCGGCCUCAUCUACGAGGACGUGCGCGCGGUGCUCAAGUCGUUCCUGGAGUCCGUCAUCCGCGACGCCGUCACCUACACCGAGCACGCCAAGCGCAAGACCGUCACCUCGCUCGACGUCGUGUACGCGCUCAAGCGCCAGGGCCGCACCUUGUACGGCUUCGGCGGCUGA